UGUUAUGGUUUUCGCAAAGCUAGCAAAAUCUAAACUUCGUCUUAAUUUAUUUUGUCAUGCUUAUGGUGUGUAUGUGUGUCCUGCGAAUGCGUGUGUGGGUGCUUGUUUAUCUGAAGCGUGUGCUCACGGCAAUGUAUCCAUUCGUCAUCGAUCGGUCAUUUUAAGAUGUGGGUGAAAUUGUAUCGAGCAUAUUCAUAACCAAGACCACUGUAAACCGUAAACCUUUGUCUAGUGAACAUUUACGCUUUAUUACGGUGCAAUAGCUCGAGUGAAACGGUGUUAACAUGCUACCAACCAAGGUGUUUGCUAUAAUUUAACGCUCAAGUGUAUCGGUAAAUCGGCUCAGGAAUGUUUCAUUAAUGUGCUACAGAUCGUAACAACCUCUCUGCGUACGAAUCGUGCAGUAAAGCAAUAAGGCGUGUAUGUGUGUGCACGCACUAACACACACACACACACACGCAUCCAUUCAUACGAAAGGUUCAACGAUCACAGGCAAAAGGGCAAAGAGCGUACAAAGGUGUGGUGAAACGAUAACGUCAAAUGAUAAGCUCAUCGUCAACACCAUCAUCACAUCAAUCACCUAUUCGAUGGGACGCGAGAAACAGAAAUUAAAUUAGCAACGAAAGAAGACGAAAACGACGAACCCUUUAAUUCCAGACCGAAGACGAAAAGAAAAAAAGACACCCGAACCGAACGCAACCCAGCUUAUAGGCAAGGGCAAGGGGAGUUUUCCAUUGAAAGCUGUGUAAUAGAAAGACUGACAUCGAAAAGACAAAUCGUGCCGGAGGAGCACAAAAGAAGGAUAAAUUGGUAUUUUUUUCCCCCUCUUCCCGCCGGAUGAAAAACAUUCGCUUCAUAUGAUUGGUUGUAUGCACGACGGGAACGACGGAUCGUGUCCUACAUGCGGCACAUACUUACAUCCUCCUAAGUCAGACGAAUCGGACUCUACACCGUCCGACGACGAAUCUACCACCAUGGAUGACAGUAACACAUCGUUUCCCGGUUCGGCCAAUCGGUCCUACCCUACCGUUGGCACACCUUCCCAAUACCCGACGGAACCACCGGCUACCGGUGGUCCGGGUGGGGGCAGCAUCGUGGAAGAAAACGCAGUACUGCUCGAAGAAAACCGAAAGCUAACGCGCAGUCUGCUGGAACUGCAAGUGGAAACGGAACGGUUAAAGCAGCAGCAGAAUCUCCUGUCCGGGUUGGGACGGCGCCGGGACAGCCUGAGCGGAUUGAGUUCCACCAGCCAACCGAUCGGCAGCAUGGGUCAAAACAGUCCCGCACCAUCGUACCGGUCCACGGGCAAUUACACCUCGGGAAUUGUGGCGGAUGUGGUGCGCGAGAUACGCGAUAUCUGCCGUGUGCGGGAGGAUGCAACAUUCGAGCGGUUACGCAACCUGCAGGAAAAUCACAUGUGGUCAAUCAACGAUACCCUUCAACGUUUGGCAAAGGAUGUCGAUACGAUGCAGAAAUCUGUCAGUGCGGCACGCAUGGACCUGGAGAAACUCUCCAGCCGUGUGUUACAGCUGGAAAGUAUUGUACUACCACAGACGGCUGUAUGUCUCGCCGGUGCCCAACACAACCACACGAUGCCACUCUCCCCGAUGCCACUGUUCGGUGGUAAUGUGCAGCAAGCACUACUACUACAGCAGCUUCAACAUCAACAAUCAAACUCCUCCCAACAACAACAGCAACAGCAGCAACAACAACAACAUUCCCCUCAGGCAACGGUUCCUUCCCAGCAACAAUACCAUUCGUUUGGGGUGAAUGAACGUUCACCACCAAACAGUGCUGGAUGUGGUGGCAGCAGCAACAUCAACAAUUCCACCAGCAACACAAACAACGGUCUCAAGUCGAGCAGCAACAAUCUCCCGUCUAUGUUACGGCUGAAUUACGGACGGAUUGCAACCACGGAAGAUUUAUACGGUGGUGACGCAGUUACGGUAGAGCUGGGUAACGGUAGUAACGGUAGCAGCAGCACGUCUACCUCCGUUCACGAAGCGUCAACGCGCGUACUAAUGCUGGAGAAGGGCGAGGUGGAGCUGAGACGUGAUCUACAGGACGCAAUAGCGGCCAAGAACGAACAAUCGAAAAAGAUCGCCUACUUACAAAAGGUCGUGAUGGCAUUGCAGAAAAAGGUUGACUCACAGUCGACGGACACACCGAAUGUCGGUGGCGGCAGCAGCAACAACAUUAGCGGCAUUGGCGUGAUCGGACCGGUGACCGAUUUGUAAAUACUGUGCCAUAACAUACUUUAUACAUUUUACACCUUACUCUACCGUACUACUCGUCCGGCUAUUUAUAAUCACGUUACAUCGGUUAGCAGCAAGUGACAGUUACUAACACACGGAACUAAAUAGGUGGAGCACACUAAAACAAGUACAGACCGAGACAGACAAAUGUGUGCAGCAUCAUUACAUACGCAGAAGGGAAGGAUUCCACCACUACGUUAACUUACGGGUAAAAUUGCCUUACAAGUGUUCACGGGGGGUUACUGUGCCACCGUGCAUACCGGGACGGUACUUAACAUAGACAAGGUUAACAUAUUAGCAUGAACGUACUAGCGUUUGUUUUAAACUAAAGAGCUAAAAAGCGAAAAGUGGUACGAAGAAAGAAGAGAUUUACGUAUUUAUAAAUAUUUUCAUCGAGAUGCUUGAACACCGCCGGGGGGAUUGUCGUGCAGUUGAUUUCAAGAGGCGUAUGAAAUGCUCUAUUUACCUUAUUUCUGAUAGCAACAACACUCUACUUGAAGAAUCACAGAACGUCAGGCUUACUAUGUUCCUUUUUUAAAUUAAUUUUCAUGGUACAUUUUUUUAUUUAAAUUUUGAUGAAAUUAUUCUAUCACUGAUUUUGAUUGUUGGUAGUUUCUUUAAGAAAAAUAUUCUCAAAAAAAAGAUUAAAGAAAGACAAUAGGAUAAAUGUUGAUGUACAAUAUGGAAUAGAAAGAGAGUGUUUAUCUUUGGUACUGAAUAUUUUAUUCCAAAACAUAAAUCGACAGUUAAUGUAGUCAGCAAUGAGGUAAACACCUUGAUUUGAAGCAUUUUACUACGCAGCAAUGUGAAAUGUUACUGUUUGUGGUUGUUACCCCUCCCCCUCAAAUGCAAAAAAAAGCAAAUCGAAAAUGCCACCACCCCACAAUUGAGAUGUUAACAAGUAAUAACACCAACGGUUAAACCAAAUUAUCAACUGGAACCGCCCGGAACUACGAAAUUUGUUCGUUCAGCGGCAACCAGCAGUGGCCUUAUAAAGUGAAAACUAACGAAAGUUACGGUGUAGGGUAAGGGAGGUGGAAGAAACGUUUAUCUAACUAAAGUGUUGUAAGUUACCGAGAAGAAGAAAAAAACAAAACAAAAAAAAACCUGAACUGAAAAGAUUCUCUUGAGCGGAUAAAAAAGCGUAUCGCACCGAAAACCUUAGCAAUCGAGCAACCAGCUUAACGAGAUUAUUUCGUAACUGUAGUUUUAGUGAUGUUUCUUAACGUAUAAAAUUGAUAGCAGGCGGAUCAAACUGUUACUGACUUUACACCGAUCCAUACCAUAUAUGAUAGAUAGAGCGCCUAGAGCCAAAAGUUCGAAUCAAACUAUUUAUGAUUGAAAGCCGUUUCAGAAAAUAUGUAAAACAAAAACAAAACAAAUACA